ACUGUGCCGGCUUGGAGAAGAACGGACGUAUACAAAGGCUUACGAUAUAUUUUUAUACACUGUCAGUUUAUUUGAGUUUAAUAUAUCAAUAUUUCCAACGCAAACCAGCCAUGAGCGCGGGAACACGGGUGCGGAUGGUGGCCGCGGAGAGUGUGGGCCUCGCGGUGCUGUGGCCUCUGAUGGUGGCGCUGCAGCUGGCCACGUUCAUCGUAGGGCUCUGCGACCUGGAUGCCAUGUUGCUCUUUUCGAUUGCGUUUGCAAGUUUUUUCUUCAUCAUGCACGUUCUGUUGAACGGAUCCCUGUUGCGCAUAUUUUGGGGGAAAAUCCGCAGGCCAGUGGCAGUGUUGCUCUUUGUCACAUUCACCACUCCUCUGUAUUUGUUGUUGCUCCGUGCCCGACAUUCCGUGGCCGCCCUGCGUGGGAGGGACCAGGUCGUGGCCCGGCGGGAGGCUCUGAAGGCAAAGUACGGCGUGUCUGUCGAAACCAGUACGGUCGUGGGGUGCCCAUCCUUCAGUGCGGCAGUGAAACGCACGAGCUGUGUCCCUCUCUGCGUCGAAACGUCGCCGAAUGACUCCGAAGUCGACAGCGAAGCCCCGCUGGGGAAGUGGGUCGUCACGGAAACGAACGUCGACGCCGACACCAAGUUGAUCAGGAUGGGCUCCGGCGACGCGGCGGCGAGGGAGCCGAUGAGCCUCUCGCAUCUCUUCACGAAGGACCUGUUCGAGCUCGUCGCCGGCACGAAGACGCUCACGUACCAUCUCGUCUUGGAUGCGAACGACGACAUCAUCCAUGUCUCGAAGACGAGCAUCCUGGCCAAGGGACUGCCAAACCAGGUCCGCGGUACAAGUCCUCUCACAGUUUGCAACGAUACUCACUACUUGAUCCAACUCUGCCGCAACUUGUGGUCCGAGGGUGUCACUGUGGUGGCGAGGAAUGAAAAAUCUUGUGUUACUGUUUCGCAGAUCAACUUGUCGCCAUUUAUUUGGAAUAAUACACUCUACAGCAAUGCGCUCAUGAUCUAUGGACUGCUGGUGAACUUGCAUCAUAAUGGCAUGGCCAGCGGGCUGUACCUCGUCAGCUGGAUGUGCACGGCCGCCGCCUGGCUCCUGACGCACCGGAGCGUGGACGAGCCCUGGACUGACACCUUCGCCAAGAUGCCGCUGCGGUUGUGUUUCACCGUCUGCCGCAUCUUCCUGCUGUGCGCCGUCGCCAUGGACGGGCUGGGCAACGUCGCCCUCAUGUACCUGAGCGCCAAGGCCUCGGGGUACCUCGCCCUGGUCGGGGAGUUCGUCUACAAGAAACUCCGGAGGAACGUGCGUCUCUGGGGCGACGUCGCGGACCGGUUCUCCUUCGACAGGACUUUGGUGCGCAGCUUCCAAGGGGGCGAGAGCGUCGUCUGCUGCGGCUGGGCAAUUUGGCUGCACGUCUGCUGCCCCUCCGAGCGCAGCCUCGCCCUGCUCGUCGCUGUGCUGCUGUGCCAGGCUGCGGGGAUGAUUUACCUGAACUUCGUGGACAGGUUGCUGAAACAGCCCUUGAAGAAUCCGGUGCGUGUUCUUAUGAUGGCGAAGGACAGAUUAAAAGCAGCGGAGAAAAGUAUCUGAUAAGAAAACGCGUGUCUUCAUCGUUGGUUCCUUGGUUGUGCAGUGUGCGCAGAGUGCUUAGAUAACCACAUUGUCAGUAAGAUCGUAAAAGAUACGUACAAAAAAAACAAACCUUUUUUACAAUUUGUCUGAAAAAUAGUUUCGUAUUAUCCAAGGAAUAUCGAGAAACCAACCAUAGGGAUGUAAAUAAGCCCUGCAAUCAGUAUGGCAAUGAAAUGAACUCAAAUCGUUUUACUUCAUUAUUGAAUUAAGGACGCUACUAGUAUUUCAGUUUCUCUUCUACUACACUUGCAUCUUUUCCCGUAAGGCUCUUUUCUCCUCCAUUUCACUUUCUUCUGAAAUUGUUCCAAUAGCUUAUAUUACGUACGUUUUAAUUACGUUACUCCCAUGUCUCAUUUAUGUAUAUAUUAAAAUGUCUUACCCUAAAUGUGCAGCUGCAACAAGGAGUACAAGUGCUUGUAAAAAAAAAAAUGAAAUUCAGUGUUUGAAAUUCUAAAUGUAUAAACAUAUAAAAAUUGGGAGGAGACAUUUUAGCAAAAUAUAUGAUUAAGAGAAAUACCAUAGAUAAAAAAGAACCUGACAUCUACUCCCAGGAUUGAAAAGGUAGUGAAGCGUUUGACCAAAUGCGAGAAGUGCCGAGCUUAUCGUUGGACGAAAAACCUACAGCUCGUUCUAUUUUUAUCUACAUUAUGAAUUGAACUGUGAUAUUUGUCGUUGUUAAUGGUUAGACGAUAGUCCCAAUACCUAUAAGUAUUAGAAGGGUACAUAACUACGUAGAAGGUAAUGAAGAACCGUUGUACACACAGGUUUGAGGAUAAUUGUGUCAGUGACACCUGGAAUAGGGCAAUCGCCGGAAUGACUGUGAAUCCCACACAUUAUUGAUGGUU